UGAUUUUGCUUCGUCUUUUUCAGGGUAAAUUCACGCUGCUGCGAGACACCAGAACAGAUGGCAGCUUCCUGGUGCACCAUUUCCUCUCCUUUUACCUCAGAGCUGGCUGUAAGGUUUGCUUUGUGGCCCUGCUCCAGUCCUUCAGUCACUACAGCAUCGUAGCACAGAAGCUGGGAAUCAGUCUGACAGCUGCCAAAGAACGGGGACAGCUUGUCUUCUUGGAAGGCCUCAAGUCCUGCCUUGACCUUUUGUUUGGAGAGGAGGAGCAGCAGCCAGGACAGCCCAGUCCUCUCCAGUUUAUAAGUGAGCGCAAUUCCGACCUCAAAGCCUUGUUUGACUUCGUCCGGAUGUCCCUGACUCCCGCCGACAGCGACUCCUGGAACGGCCCCGUGCUGCUGGUGGAUGACCUCAGCGUCCUGCUCAGCCUGGGCGCCGCGCCGGUGGCGGGGCUGGACUUCGUCCCCUUCUGCCGAGAGGCGAUCAGAGCAACGAAACUGGUGAAGGGUUUAGAGAACUGGUUCUGUGAGAAGCGGCUGAGGGAGCUGGGACUG